CACUUCAGUCUGUGUGUGUGUGUGUGUUUUCCUUCCAAACUUUCUUUUCCGUCUGUGCUCUGGAAUGUGGGGCUUAUGUCAGUGAGAGUCAGGUACAGACCCACUAAUUAUCAGUAACCUCCCUCCCUCCAACGGCAGACCUUCUCUCACUGUGAGACCGGCACUGGAGACCAGAGGAGAGACAGGAAGAAAUGAAAGAACUGACUCAGAAGCCCACUCACACUAUCAGAGAACAGAAACUGUGGCUGGCUAGCUUGUGUGUGUUGAUUGGUUAGUGUGUGUGUGUAUUGGGGUGUGUGUGUGUUGACUGGUUAGUGUGUGUGUGUGUGUGUGUGUGUUGGGGUGUGUUUCAAUCCCAAACCCAGCUGAGCUAACUGCCGCUUCACGGUCCUGUCAUAGAAGACAGGAGACUGGCCAGACUGGAAGAACCAGUGGACGGAGGUAGAGAACAAGUCAGAGGAACGGAGAGAGCAGACGACAGCGAGGAGGAGAGAAUAUGAGACAGUUGGACUUUUAAAUGGUGGCAACAGAUCCUCGGACGUGACUCUCACAUUCACUACUUUACCAGGCCCCAGAUCUAAUUGGAUGGUUUGGUCAGAAUGACAGCCGAAGAUCCCGCCUCAUCCUCUUCUUGUACCAUGAAUAAUAACCCCACCCCAACUGGAUCGAACCCAGCUGUCCCCUCCAGUCAAUCCCUUCAUGGACCAAUCACAGUGCCCGAGGGAGUGGCUGGGGCGCCUAACGAAGCGGCCUUGGUGUCGCUGAUGGAGCGUACUGGGUACGGCAUGGUGCAGGAGAAUGGCCAGAGGAAAUAUGGGCCUCCGCCAGGCUGGGACUCCGCCUCCCCGCCGCGUGGCUGCGAGAUCUUUGUCGGCAAGAUCCCGCGGGAUGUCUACGAGGACGAGCUGGUGCCGGUGUUCGAAUCGGUGGGGCGGAUUUACGAGAUGCGCCUGAUGAUGGACUUUGACGGGAAGAACCGAGGCUACGCCUUCGUGAUGUACACGCAGAAGCACGAGGCCAAACGAGCCGUGCGGGAGCUCAACAACUACGAGGUGCGGCCGGGGCGCCUGCUGGGGGUCUGCUGCUCUGUGGACAACUGUCGACUCUUCAUUGGGGGGAUCCCCAAAACCAAGAAGAGAGAGGAGAUCCUGGAGGAGGUCUCCAAGGUGACAGAGGGUGUUCUGGACGUUAUAGUGUACGCGAGCGCCGCCGACAAGAUGAAGAACCGUGGCUUCGCCUUUGUGGAGUACGAGAGCCACCGCGCAGCCGCCAUGGCCCGCAGGAAGCUGAUGCCCGGCCGAAUCCAGUUGUGGGGGCACCAGAUCGCCGUGGACUGGGCAGAGCCAGAGAUAGAUGUGGAUGAGGAUGUCAUGGAAACGGUGAAGAUCUUAUACGUCAGGAACCUGAUGAUGGAGACCAGCGAGGAGACACUGCGACAGGUGUUUGGCCAGUGGAACCCAGGCUGUGUGGAACGAGUCAAGAAGAUCCGCGACUAUGCCUUUGUCCACUUCUCAUCCAGAGACGACGCAGUGGUUGCCAUGGACCACCUGAACGGGACUGAGGUCGAGGGGUCCUGUAUUGAGGUGACCUUGGCCAAGCCUGUCGAUAAAGAGCAGUACACGCGCUACCAAAAGGCCUCUAAAGGGGGUGCUACAGCAACUGUGGCGGCACCAGAACCUGCCCAGCCAAACUAUGUGUACCAGUGUGACCCGUACACACUAACUUACUAUGGUUAUCCCUACAACACCCUCAUCGGACCAAACCGGGACUACUUUGUCAAAGGAGGUCCAAUGAUACAGACCAAUGCAGGUGCUGUGCGGGGGCGUGGCCGUGCAGCGGCAGGUAGCCGCGCCCCCGGCCCCAGGGGAUCUUACCUAGGGGGUUACUCGGCCGGUCGCGGCAUCUACAGCCGAUACCACGAGGGCAAGGCUAAGGGCCCAGACAGCAAGGCCUACGAACUAGUGCCUUCCCUGGAGCUGGCAUCAUCUGUCAAUCCCGUCGGCAUCAAGCCCGGCUCAAUUGGGCUACAGGCUCUAGGAGGGCAGUACCAGGUGUUCUCGACAGCCCAGGGCGCCAAGCUGAUGGAGGAUGGGAAGAUGCACCAUGCAGCCAUGGAACACCUCAUCAAUCCCCUGGCCCUUCAACAUGACCACAACGCCCAGAGCACCCAGGCAGUCUUACCGGCUGUAUCCACACCGCCACCCUUCCAGGGUCGCCCCAUCACGCCGGUUUAUGCCAUGGCCCAUAACGUCCAGCGUAUCCCCACUGCCGGCGGCCUGUAUGGGGCGGGGUACAUGCCCGUCCCCAACUACAACGCCGCUGCCCUGGCCGCCCUCCAGAAGAAUGCUGCGGUGGCCGCCGCCUAUGGGGGGUACGCCGGCUACACCAUACCCCAGGCCUUCCCCGCCACGGCCUUCCAGGUCCCCAUCCACGACAUCUACCAGACCUACUGACAACAUCCACUUCCAGACCCAGACACAACCUACUGACAACCUCAGUCGGACACCACAUGUCUGGUCCACGACACCCGCUCAACUUCCAUACAACCUCUAGCAUAACACGAAAACGUCAGUCAGGAAAUGGCUGCACAACCACAAUGUAACGCUCAAACAACGUCUGUGUCAGAGUGUGGAGUGGAACUACAAUUGAGAUGCAGCAGAAGAACUUUCUCAUUCCUAUCGUUUCCUGUGUCCACUCUGGAUCCCAUUCUCAACCUCUAAUCAUCGUCUACCGUGCCGACAUUCCGGGCCCGACAUUCUGCAACGUCUUAACAACGUCUACCGUGCCGACAUUCAAACGAUGACCGAUGUCAACUCAGCCAGCAACAUCUAUGCAAAUAUUUCAAGCCAAACUACUGGACUCUUACACUGUACGUCGGUUGAACACAGCCCAAAAUCUAGGCUAUGUUAUAACGCAUGCCAAACCUACCAAACCUCUGAUGUUAAAAUAACGUCUAUGCAAGACCUACUGGCACCUUCUAGAUCCACAAUGUGUCUUUCACCAGGUUCACAUUGGUCCAAAUCAAUACUAGACACCUUGACCAGAUUCUUCCAGCGUAUAUUAUGUAGAGUCUAGAGUCUAAACUAUAAUUUUAGACCUCAAAGCCAGUCAGUUUCACUGUUUUCUUAAUGUUUUCUCAAUGUAUUCUUCCCAUCUAAUCAGGGAGAUCAGGUUUAUCAGGUAGCACAUAAGAGCAGCAGUACUCCUCUUAGGGGAUACUUUGAAUACUGUACCCCAAUACCAUCUAUCAG